AUGGCCAGGCCCACAACCAUGGCCAACACCAAAACUAUGGCCAUGCCAACAACCAUGGCCAGCACCAAAACCAUGGCCAAUUCCUCAACCAAGGCUAAUUCAACAACCAUGGCCAGCCCCAAAACCAUGGCCAAGCCCACAACCUUGACCAGCUCCACAACCAUGGCCAGCCCCACAACCAUGGCCAACCACAAAACCAUGGCCAAGCCCACAAUCCUGACUAGCACCAAAACCAUGGCCAAUCCAACAACCAAGACCAGCCCCACAACCAUGAUCAGCUCCACAACCAGGGCCAGCCCAACACUAAUGGCAAGCCCCACAACCAUGACCAAGCCCACAACCAUGGCCAGCCACACAACCAUUGCAAGCCACACAACCAUAGCCAACCUCAAAACCAUGGACAGCCACACAACCAAAGCCAACCUCAAAACCAUGGACAGCCCCACAAUCAUGGCCAACCCCAAAACCAUGGCCAUUCCCACAACCAUGGCUUAG